AUGCAUGUUUCAACGGCGAUUUCCUCCUCAUUCCACGAUCUUGACUUCUACUCUCUAAGCAUCUCAGUGAUUGUUAAAGCAAGUAGUGGCCCAAAGUAUGUGGUCGGUUUCAUAACUGAUUCAAUUUUGAUGCGUAAACAGGGUUCGGAUGUUUCAACUAAUCAUCUUUCCGAAUUAGCCCCUGUCAAUAAAGAAAAAUCACGAAAGAUUAAAGGGUUCAGAAAAUCAUCAGAAGUGGCUUUUGUUAUUCUAGCACCUAAAGUCUUCAAAAUCUUGGAGAAACUUGUUCAUGAGUUCCAUGGACAUCGUGGAGAAAUCUUGUCCCUUUCAUGGUCUAGAAAAGGGUGGCAUGAAAAGAAGCCUACUGCAGGGCUGGAUAGCAAUCUCCAUGAAGAAGCUGACUUAGUUGCUGAACAUGGAAAACCGGUAAAUGACCAUAACACCCCUGAUCUAAAUUUUCCGGAUACUGUUGUCCCUGGCACGCCUGAACUUGAUCGGAAACUUGAUGCACCUCCAAAAAGGUUCAGCCCACCAUCAUCAGGGGAUUGCUGA